AUGGCCAACAACUUCAUGAUGAAGCUUCUUUUGCUGUUCUUUGGGUGCUUGAACCUUUAUGGUGCUGUCGCACAAAUCUCCAAGAAGCCUGAUGUUGCUUCUUCAGCUGUCCAGCCUGGCGGAUACCAGCCUAGCACUCUUCUUACCUCCGUGAUCAACAAAGCCGACACAGUCCUUCACGAGGCCAACACUCCCAAUUUUGAUGCCAACGACAAAGGCCUUGCCGACAUUAACGACGACGAAGUCCUGACCGACACUGAGGUUAACGAUGAUGACGAUGACGAUGACGAACAGCACCCCAGUAUCCUCGCCGAUACCAAAGACCCCAACUCUGUCGGCCUCGCCAUGAGCAACACCAAACACCACUCCAAAGGAGGCAAGGGCAUCCGUGCCAGGCUAAAGAUGAGGGAGGGCAAGUGCCACACAUUGCACAUUCCGAAAAGAUUCAACUCUUACGAAUUCAACCUCAAAGAAAGUAAAGGCAAGAAAGGAAAGGACGACGAUGAGUCCGAAGACGACUCAUCCCAGGGCUGCAGGAUAGUCAUCUAUCACGACGGCAAGUGUACGGACGAAGCUUCCAGCGCCAAUGAGGGAUCUUGCACAGACAUCGGCGAUGAAGAUGGUGACGACAAGGAUGAUAAGGAUGACAAAAAGCUGCACGUCAGGGACUUUAUGGGCAAGGGGCCAAAGUACAAGAGUGCAAAGUUCGUCUGCGAUGGUCUCGACGCUGGGAACCCCACGUCGACCGAGUCCGAAAGCGAUUACUACUCUACCACCUCACUCUUCUCAGACCGAUACGUCGACUCUACUGGCUCGUCGUCAAAGAUCUUCACUCCACCAUCCAAGACUACCACUCCUCUGUCGUCAAAGUCCGAUAAGGAAGACGACGACGAUGAUGAUGAUGAGGACAAGGAAGACAGUCCCAAGCCAAAGGCUACCAAGACCACCAAGACAAAGAAGCAUAAGACCAAGUCCCACAAGUCCAAGAAGACCAAGUCCAAGAAACACCACUCGAAGACACAGAGCAUCGUUACCACCACAGAGCCAGCACUUACUACGAGCGAUGGCCCGGACACGAAGUGGAUUUGA